AUGGCUGAAAUCAUUGUCACGGUAUUGACUCAGAGCUAUCAGCAAAUCCUGGCAUUAGUGUUUGCUAUAAAGGAGAUCAAUGAAACCCCCUGGAUUUUGCCUAAUAUCACCUUGGGCUUUGAUAUCUACAAUAAUGAAUUCAGACCACAGUGGACUUAUCUUGCCUCAAUGGAAUUUCUCUCUUCACAAGACAGAUUCACCCCUAACUUCAAGUGUGACACCAAAAGGAAUACAAUCACAGUUAUUGGGGGACCAGAUUCUAAGACCUGCCUUGACAUGGUCACGACUUUGUUCAUCUAUAAAAUCUCACUGAUGAUAUACGGUUCUUCUCCACUAAUAAAUAACAAAGAAACAGCUCAUUUCUUUCACCCAAUGUUCCCAAAUGUCAAACAUCAGGAUAUGGGAAUUCUCAGAUUGCUGCUUCAUUUCAGUUGGGUCUGGGUUGGAGUCAUUUCCCUUGAUGAUGACAAUGGAGAAAGAUUUGUAGAAAACAUACUUCCCGUUUAUGCCCAGAGAGGUAUCUGCUUUGACUUCAUAGAAAGAUGUUGCAUUAAAUCCAGUUCUAAGGAUGGUGCAGAGGUACUGUUAGAUUGGUUUCCAAUAUCCAAAGUCAUUCUGACAAGUACUUCCAAUGUGGUCAUUGUAUAUGGUGAAAUGCAGACUAUGAUAGCUUUGAGAGUGUUGAUUGCUUUACCCCAAAUGGAUGAUCAAGAAAUGGAAUCCAAAGUAUGGCUUAUGACAGCCCAAAUGGAAUUCACAUCACUUCCUUUUCAAAGACAUUGGGGUCUAGGUUUCAUCCAUGGUUCUUUAUCAUUAGCAGUUCAUCGGCAGGAAAUGUUAGAUUUCCAGAAAUUUCUCAAAGUCAGAAAUCAUAUUGCAGAAAAAAAGGAUGGCUUUGUGAGAGACUUCUGGGAAAAUGUGUUUAAUUGCUUUUUCUCCAGCUCUAAUGAAUAUGGAGAAGUCUGCACUGGGAAGGAGAACCUGGAAAUGCUUCCUGGAUCUGUUUUUGAGACAAGCAUGACUGGCCAAAGCUACAACCUCUACAAUACAGUCUACGCUGUAGCACAUGCUUUCCACAACAUGCUUUCAUCCACAUCUAAAUAUCAAACAAUCACAGAUAAGAAAAAAUGGAAACUUUCAUAUAUAAAAAUUUGGCAGUUACACUACUUUUUAAGACAAGUGUCAUUUAACAACAACGCUGGGGAAAACGUUUUCUGUGACCAAACUGGGGAAUUGGAAGCUGGUUUUGAUAUUGUCAAUUGGAUCACCUUCCCCAACCAGUCUUUUGUUAGAAUUAAAGUGGGAAAGAUUGAUCCCAUGGCUUUUCCAGAAAAUGUGUUCACCAUUCAUGGAGAUGCCCUUGUCUGGCCUCAGAGAUUCAAUCAGAUUCAGCCUUUGUCUUUGUGUAAUGACUAUUGUUCUUUAGGUCAUUUUAAAGCAAAGAAAGAAGAUCAGCCAUUUUGCUGUUAUGAUUGUUUUCCAUGUCCAGCAGAAAAAAUUUCAAACCAGAAAGAUAUGACUAAUUGUUUUGAAUGUCCAGAAAAUCAACAUCCAAACAGUUUCCAAGAUUCCUGUAUCCCAAAAGAUAUGAUUUUCUUAUCCUAUGAAGAACCUUUGGGAAUCAGUUUAACUGUGUUUGUUCUUUGGUUAUUGUUCAUCACAAUGUUGGUGCUUCUAAUUUUCAUUAAGUAUAGGAACACUCCCAUUGUCAAAGCCAACAAUCAGAACCUCACAUACAUUCUUCUCAUUUCCCUCCUUCUCUCUUUUCUUUGCAUUUUCCUAUUCAUUGGCCAACCUCAGAAGAUCUCUUGUCUUCUUCGGCAAACUUCUUUUAGUAUUAUUUUUUCAGUGGCUAUUUCUUGUGUGCUUGCUAAAACUAUCACAGUGGUUCUAGCCUUUCUGGCCACCAACCCAGGGUCCAAGGUGAGAAAAUGGGUGGGAAAGAAAUUGGCUAACUCUAUUGUUUUUUCCUGCACUUUUAUUCAAAUCACUCUUUGCACCAUGUGGUUAUCAGCCUCUCCCCCCUUCCCAGAUUUUGAUAGGCAUUCAAGGACCAAAGAAAUUGUACUUGAAUGUAAUGAAGGGUCAGUUAGCAUGUUUUAUUGUGCCCUGGGCUUCCUGGGCUUCCUGGCCAUGGUCAGCUUCACAAUAGCCUUCCUAGCAAGGAAAUUACCUGACAGCUUCAAUGAAGCCAAGUUCAUCACCUUCAGCAUGCUGGUCUUCUGCAGUGUUUGGUUGUCCUUUGUUCCAACCUAUUUAAGCACCAAGGGAAAAUAUAUGGUGGCUGUGGAGAUUUUCUCUAUUCUUAGCUCCAGUGCUGGUUUACUGAGCUGCAUCUUCUUCCCCAAAUGCUACAUUAUUCUGUUAAGAUCUGACUUAAAUAAUAGAGAACAAUUAAUAAGAAAUAAGAAGUCAAGAAAGUGA